AAUGUAAAUGUUUUUACGUAAACAUUUAGCAAUAGUGUCACCUACAAAGUGGAGAUUCACAAAUUGCAAAUUUUUUUUUAAAUAUUUUCCUGUUUUUUUUAAGCUAACAUAUUCGUGGUUUUUAUCAGUACUAAAUGAUUUUAAAGCUGGGGUUAAUGGCAAUAAAAACGUCUUCACUACCUGCACGUGCAGGGUUGUUUUCCUACGUCACUUCCUGCGCGCCAGAUCCUGAACUAAGAAGUUGUAAACUAGCGCUAAAAGUUUCUGCUGACAAUCUUUUUGCAGACUUCGCUGUUUUUAGAUUGCAUUUUGGGGUCAUCUGCUUCAGACGGCUUAAAGUUCACGUAUGUGUAAUGCUACUGUGGUUGUUCCGAUAAUAUUAUGUGGCUAAGUUUGACUGUUAGCAGCCAGAUUAGGGUCGCUAGCUGCUACCAUUAGCAACAGAAGCAGCAGUGCAGAUAACGUCAAACAAAACGCAGUUAGUAGCUCUAAAAGGCAACAUGGAUCUACACAGAUCACCUUUUUGCAGACGUAGGGUGUCUUAGAUUGUAGCCGAUGUCUGCUAGAUAGCUCUAGCUGUCAACAUGUCUAAUCAGCUGACUGCAGAGCAACAGCGAAUGAUUGAGGAGAACAGGCGGAAGGCUUUAGAAAGACGAGCCCAAAGACUUGGACAGGCUAACAGCACCAAUGUUAAGCCCCCAGUAGGCUCCAAAAGUACUUCAGUGCAAACACAGCUCCCCAAACAGAGUCCGGAUCCUGUUGCCUCAGUUCAGCACAGAGAAACCUCAGUUUCGGGACCAAAAUGCUUCCCCCCUCCCUUAAAAAGGGAACCACAGAGCCAAAGUCAGCAGCAGCUGCCUGGCACUAGCAGCCACUUCAACCAAAGCACUGUGUGUAAUUCUGCAUCUUCAAACCAGACACAAGUUACCAACUCAAUUCCUUCGAAAAGUCAACAUUUGAGGAGCUCCGUCUUGUCUCCUGAAGGAAGCGUCCCCGUGGGGCCAGUUCAGGGCAAACAUCAACUCUCAUCCAGCAGCUCCGGAGGUGCAGUUGGCUCAUUUUACAAGCAGCCCAGUAAACCUGCUCAGAGUCAAGUGGCACAGCUUUCCUCUAACCCCACCUCUACAAAUGUCAUACCUGCAAAAAAGCCUUCCAUCUCUGUAAGGGGAAGAUGUGUACCUCACACAGAAGACCGUUUCAGGGUAGAAGUGAGCUACCAUGCAGGGCUUAUUGCUGUUUUCAAGUCCAUUCCCUCAAAAAAUUAUGAUCCUGCCACCAAGAUGUGGAACUUUAGUCUGGAGGACUACCGACAGCUAAUGGAGGAAGCAGCUGCCAUUCCCUCGGUGUCUUUGAGACCGUUGGAGGGAAUGGAAGCGGUGGACGUGGCAGAGGCCACCAGCCGAGCUCGUGACGGCGCGGCCCUGGCAGCGCUGCUCAAGUUAUGUAAUGGCUGGCAGAAACCCGGAGCCACUUUGCAGGGCCAGUGCAUUCUCGUGUCCCAGACAAAGUUUGAGGUGGACAUUGGCUACCAUGUUGAUGUCAUUGCAGCGUUCAAGCAAAUGCCAACAAAGAGCUACGACAUGAAAACAAGAAAGUGGAAUUUUUCACUCGAGGACUACAAGAGACUCAUGGAUCUCCUCAGUGGGAUAGCAGCAGUGGAGGUGGAGCCUCUUCCCAGGGCAAUAAUCCAGGCUUUCUCUGCCAGGUUUGAUGGGACUGAAGCCAGGAUUUUAAACGUCCCUGAGGCAGACCUCUCUAGCAUCGACCCCUCUCUCACCCGAAGCCUCAUGCCCUUCCAGAGGGAGGGAGUCAACUUUGCAGUGUCUAAACAGGGCCGCCUCCUCCUGGCUGAUGACAUGGGCCUGGGAAAGACUAUUCAGGCCAUCUGUAUAGCAGCUUAUUACAGAAAGGAGUGGCCUUUGUUGGUGGUGACUCCGUCCUCUGUACGAUUCACCUGGGCUGAGGCCUUCAGACGCUGGCUUCCCUCCUUGACUCCUGACAGCAUCAACGUAGUGGUGAAGGCCAAAGACAGUCUGCGGUCUGGUUUGAUCAGCAUCAUCAGCUAUGACCUGCUGAGCAGGAUGGACAAGCAGCAGCCAGGAAAUCCCUUCAAUGUUCUCAUCAUGGAUGAGUCUCACUUUCUGAAAAACAUGAAGACUGCUCGUUGUAAAGCAGCAUUGCCUCUGCUGAAGGUAGCGAAGCGAGUGAUCCUCCUGUCGGGGACCCCCGCCAUGUCCAGACCGGCUGAGCUGUACACUCAGAUUUUGGCCGUCAGACCGACGCUCUUUCCACGCUUCCAUGAGUUUGGGAUCCGCUAUUGUGAUGCCAGACAGAUGACUUGGGGCUGGGACUACACGGGCUCUUCUAAUCUUGGAGAGCUGAAGCUGUUAUUGGAAGAGUGUCUGAUGCUGCGCCGUCUCAAGUCUGAGGUCCUUUCCCAGCUUCCCGCUAAGCAGCGCAAGGUGGUCACGGUGACCAUCGAUGGAAUCAACACCCGCACGAAAGCAGCUCUGUCAGCUGCAGCCAAGCAGUUGGCCAAAGGACAUCGCAAUAAAAUGGAAGAGAAGGAAGCCCUCCUCGUCUUUUAUAACCACACAGCCGAAGCCAAGCUACAAGCCAUUAUGGAGUACAUCACAGACAUGCUGGAGUGUGGGAGGGAGAAGUUUCUCGUGUUUGCCCAUCAUAAAUUAGUCCUGGAUCAUAUCACAACCGAGCUGGAGAAAAAAAAUGUCGAUUUUAUCCGUAUUGAUGGGAGCACUCCGUCAGCGGAGCGACAGCAGCUGUGCGAAAGGUUUCAGUACUCAGCAAAGACCUGUGUGGCGGUACUGUCCAUCACUGCAGCUAAUAUGGGCCUAACCCUGCACUCUGCAGACCUGGUGAUCUUCGCUGAGCUUUUCUGGAACCCCGGGGUUCUCAUUCAGGCAGAGGAUAGAGUUCAUCGUAUUGGACAAACCAGCAGUGUGAACAUUCACUACCUGGUUGCCAAGGGAACUGCUGAUGAUCACCUAUGGCCCAUGAUCCAGGAAAAAAUGAAUGUCCUGGAGCAAGUGGGUCUUUCCGAGUCAAACUUCUCGGAAACUGCAGAAAACACCAGCUUCCACUCAAAGGAUCCUACCCAGAGGAGCAUCAUGGAGAUGUUCCAGAGAUCUUUCUCUGAGGAUGACGACAUGGAUGAGGCUAUCUUAUUGGAGGCUGCAAAUGACUGGGAGGACACUCCGCCCGAAUCCACGUCUACGCAGCACCGCGGCACUAGUACGGACAAGCAGUGGAGCUACAAAGACCGAUGAUUGACCAAUUUUAUUGCCAUAAUUUUUUUGGGUUUGCCCAUGGAGCAAAGCCUAGUCCUACAUCUCAGCUACAUCAUGCCUGCACAGAGUUGAAAGUUAUUUUAAUGGGUGAAAACUACAAUAAAUCUUUUUGUUUUGCUAAUACAGGAAAAUGUGAAGAAUUUUUUUUUUUUUUACCAUCCUUUUGACAGCCUUUAAGUUGCAUGGUGGCUGGAUUACAUGUUUAAACUCCUUCAAGAUACUUCAGAUUAACUUGGAUUAAAAUAUAGUCAUUUAUAGGUUUUAAAUUUAUAGACUGUAUGUAAAAGAAGGAUGUUGCCACCCGUGAUGUAACUGUUAGUUUGUGAUUUUUUUGCUUUGAAGCCAGAAAUGACCAAAUUUACAUGAAUGUGGCGUGCUAAAUUAUCAGCAAAUGAUAGGAGGCUUUUUUAGCAAGAUAAGCCAUAAACUAAUACACAGUACAGACAAUUCCAAAUACAAUAACACAACCAAAGUUUAACUUUGAAACUCAAAACUAAGAUAGGCAAGAAGUCCAGUUCAUUGACUCAGAUUAGAUUAGAAUGGUUGACAAACUAUUUAGAGCCAAGUAGAAGACUGAUAAAAUAUUUCUUUCACUCACCAAAACUGAGCAAAACCUUUGUGGAUCUUUUAAUUUUACCACAUACUAAGCCGUCUUAUGAGUCAGAUAUUUCCACUAGAGACGCUCCAUUAGGCAUCUUCACUACAAACUGGAAGCAGCAUAUGUUGGCCUGUCUGUUAGUAAAAGUAGCCAUGCCCCUAAUUUUAAGCUUUAACAGUCCCCAAAUGGGCCAGUUUAACCUUAGUUUCUCAUUGCUCUUGUGCAUUUACUAUGAACAGGGACAUUAGCUCCUUAUUCAUUUUCUUAACAGAUCAUCCCAUUCAGGGUUGUGGGUGGGCUGAAGCCUGUCCAGGUUGUCAUAUGGUGAGUGGAGGUGUACACCCUGGACAGGCGACCAGACACCAAAAAACCCCCAAUUUUUCAUACCAGGCUGAAAGCUUGUUAUUUAAUUGGCUGAAAUUUUAACAUAGGAGGCUAUGGGGAUUGAUUUGCUUUUGGAGCCACCCUUAAGAGGGAGGACAAGCCUUGAGAGGAACUGCAGUUUUUUCCAUUUCCAUGUUGCCUUCAUUUUUCAGUCCUGGAGGUUGCCAGGUGGUUGAAUUCUGAAAUCCUUUUUCAAAUGAUCUGCAAUGAAUACUAAUACUAACAAUUAUGUAGCUUUUUAGAGCUGUUAGAUAUUUUCUUUAUUCAUGCACCUCAUUUAGGUAGCUUCAGUGUGUAAUUUAUGUCCCAUUGUUAAAGCAAUAUCCUGCAAUAAUUACGGUAAGCGGAAAAAACUCUAGCCUAAUCGCUCUGUUACCGUCCCCUGUACUCACCCCUUAAAUAAACAGGAGUAACACUC